AACGUCACACACUCAUGUAUUAAAUUGAUUAGAAUUUUAUCGCAUUUCGAGUCAGUAACAAUUCGUUACAAUAGCUUAAAAUCUAUGAAAAUACUGCUCUUAUAUCCUAUUGUUCAACGUUAAGUUUAGUAUUUGGUUGCUAAAAGCCCCAAAAUGGUUGUUCGUCAGUACAACGAAGAAUUAAAGUAUCUUGAAAAGAUAAAUCCAUAUUGUUGGAAAAUCAAAAUGGGUUUUCAGCCAAAUAUGAAUGUAGAAGGCGUCUUUUAUGUGAAUUCUACACUCGAAAAAUUAAUGUUAGAAGAACUGAAGAACUCUUGUAGACCUGGAAUGACGGGAGGGUUCCUUCCAGGUGUAAAACAAAUAGCUAAUGUUGCGGCAUUGCCCGGUAUCGUGGGCCGGUCUAUUGGUUUGCCAGAUGUACACUCUGGUUACGGAUUCGCUAUAGGAAAUAUGGCAGCUUUUGACAUGGGUAACCCUAAGUCAAUAGUGUCACCUGGAGGGGUGGGUUUUGAUAUCAACUGUGGUGUUCGCCUUUUGAGAACUAAUCUUCAUGAGAAAGAUGUCCAGCCAAUAAAGGAACAACUUGCCCAGAGUUUAUUUGAUCAUAUACCAGUGGGAGUAGGCUCUAAGGGUAUAAUUCCAAUGAAUGCCAGAGAUCUGGAAGAAGCCCUAGAAAUGGGAAUGGACUGGUCUCUCAGAGAAGGUUAUGUCUGGGCUGAAGAUAAAGAGCAUUGUGAAGAAUAUGGCCGUAUGCUGAAUGCUGAUCCUUCAAAAGUCAGUCUUCGAGCUAAGAAAAGAGGUUUGCCACAGCUGGGUACUCUAGGAGCUGGUAAUCACUAUGCUGAGAUACAAGUUGUAGAUGAAAUAUUUGAUAAAUAUGCUGCAGGAAAAAUGGGCAUUGAAAGAAUUGGUCAAGUGUGUGUUAUGAUUCAUUCUGGCAGUAGAGGUUUUGGCCACCAAGUUGCUACUGAUGCUCUAGUCCAAAUGGAGAAAGCUAUGAAACGAGAUGAGAUUGAUACAAAUGAUCGGCAAUUGGCUUGUGCAAGAAUAAAUUCCGUAGAAGGUCAAGACUACUUAAAGGCAAUGGCAGCAGCAGCUAACUUUGCAUGGGUUAAUAGAAGUUCAAUGACAUUUUUGACCAGACAGGCAUUUGCAAAGCAAUUUAAAAUGGCACCUGAUGAUCUAGACAUGCAUGUCAUAUAUGAUGUGUCUCAUAAUAUUGCCAAGGUUGAAGAGCAUGUGGUAGAUGGAAAAGUAAAGACCUUAUUGGUGCAUAGGAAGGGAUCAACCAGAGCUUUUCCUCCACAUCAUCCUCUGAUACCAGUGGAUUAUCAGUUGACUGGCCAGCCAGUGCUGAUUGGUGGAACUAUGGGUACUUGCAGCUAUGUCUUAACUGGAACUCAUCAAGGCAUGACUGAAACCUUUGGGUCUACUUGCCAUGGAGCUGGUCGUGCACUAUCCCGGGCAAAGUCAAGAAGGAACAUAGAUUAUAAAGAAGUUUUGGAAAAGCUGGAAAAUAUGGGAAUCUCUAUUAGAGUUGCUUCACCAAAGUUAGUGAUGGAAGAGGCACCAGAGUCGUAUAAAAAUGUUACAGAUGUCGUAGAUACUUGUCACGCAGCUGGCAUUAGCAAGAAGACUGUAAAACUGCGCCCCAUCGCUGUUAUAAAAGGCUGAAGUUGUCUAUUUAUUGUAUGGUUUGAUAACAUUCUGCUGGACUAACAUUUUUUAUCUAUAUUACUCCUAAGUCCUAAUGCAUCUCAUGUAUAAUGUAAUUUAUUGUAAGGGAUACAGCAAUAUUUCGAUAGUCCAUGCAUUUUAUACCAUUAAAAUCAUUUAAUAAUAACUUGUUUUUGUGACAACAAAAUCAAUUUUUUAUUUAAAUGAUUAUUGGUUGAGUACAGUGCAGGUACUGUUAAUUUACUCUCUUAACUUACGGAAGUUUGUGAUUUUUAAUAAAUAAAUGAUAUAAUUUUUAA